AUGUCGCGAGCAGCUGAACAAGCUAUCAAGGCGAGCUACAAAGCUUUGAAAGAAGACUUUGUUUCGAAUCUCACGGGAGGAGAGAUCUCGGAGAUCAAUUAUGUUACUGCUGUAGCUCCAGCAGCAGUUAUUCUUUGGUCAGCUCUGCAAUCACGGCAGGCUUUCUUCAAGCCAUAUACUCCUCUCGCGUUCGCAGUCGAUUUCCUGCUCAAUGUCAGCGCUAUUCUGCUUGCUACGACUCUGUACGCCAAUACGCCCAUUCUCCUGAACCUCCUUCUCGUUGCCCCGGUAGCAAUCAUAUACUCUCUCCCAAAGCUCCCUGCACCGAAGAAAGCAAAAAUACCACCAAAGCAGGCAAAAGAUGAAGCUCCGAAUCCGCUUCCGAAGAAGCCCUUCCUCACUACAUAUCGAGGGGCAAUGCUGGUCAUAACAUGUCUGGCAAUCCUCGCAGUCGACUUUCGAAUAUUCCCAAGAAGGUUCGCAAAGGUGGAGAACUGGGGUACAUCACUAAUGGAUGUUGGCGUUGGGUCGUUCGUCUUCUCAGCAGGUGUUGUUGCUGCUCGACCAGUUUUGAAGGAGCAGAUGGCGGGGAACAGUACACCGUUGGGCACAAGACUAUAUCAGUCUAUACGGCAUUCCGUCCCGCUGUUGGUUCUGGGCGUGAUCAGAUUAUACAGUGUGAAGGGUUUGGACUAUGCUGAGCACGUCACCGAAUAUGGGGUGCAUUGGAAUUUCUUCUUCACGCUAGGAUUUCUGCCACCGUUCAUGGCGCUUUUUCAAUCUGCGUUCCAGUUCAUACCAUCAUAUGCUGGACUCGCUAUUCUACUUGGAGCUGCAUACCAGAUAGCAUUGGAGUUCACGGACUUGAAAGCCUUUGUCUUAACAGGGCCCAGGACAAACCUCUUCAACAAGAAUCGCGAAGGAAUUUUCAGUUUCUUUGGAUACCUGGCCAUUUUCCUAGCCGGACAGUCAACAGGAAUGUUCAUCCUACCCCGCAGCCUCUCAGCGGGAGCUACCGGUAUCCAGCAACGGAAAAGACUAUUGCUAACACUGUCUGCUUGGUCUGGGAUCUGGAUUCUGUUGUUCAUGGCUACAACUAGCUACAAGUACGGUCUCUCCCUCAGCGUCUCGCGGCGUCUGGCAAACCUACCUUACUUUCUCUGGAUCGCAGCUUUCAACUGCUCUCAACUCACAGCUUUUUCUCUCGUGGAAACGCUUUUCUUCCCACAAGUCUAUAAAAGCGGUUCAUCCUCCGCGAAAGAGGAAGAAGAGAUGUACAGAUCAUCAACAAGUCGAGUACUAGAAGCGUUCAACAGAAACGGAUUAGCUAUCUUCUUGGUAGCGAACCUGUUAACGGGACUAGUGAACCUGACGGUCCCGACGCUGCAUGUUAGUAAUCUGGCAGCGAUGGGGAUCUUGAUGGUAUACGCGGGUGUGUUGACAGGGCUGGCGGUUGUGUUGGAUGUUUAUGGGAUAUCUAUCAAAAUGUAG